AUGUUCUUCCCUGACCUCUGCGGUGACGUGCGGCUGAUGGAGUACAUGCAGCAGCGCGGGGCGGUCCACCAGGUGGUCGCCGAGAAGCAGUGGCAGCAGCAGCUGUGGCAGCAGCAGCAGCAGCAGUGGCAGCAGAUGAUGAUGAUGAUGGGGCAGGGGCCCGUGCCGAUGGGCGGCGACGGCAACCCCGCCCCGCCGUCCGAGAAAUUUCUGAACGAGCUUGACAACAUGCAGAUCCCGGAGGAGCGCCCGGCGGCUACUGAGCGGCCUCACGCGGAACCGACGCAGGGCGGCGGCGGCGAGGGAGACUGCGGCCGGUAA